AUGAAGAACUUACUCUUUUCUCUCCUUGUCUCUUUGCUUGGGGCCCUGCUGGUCCUCCCCACGACAGCUGUGCCUGUCUCUCAGGGCUACCAUCUUGCUCCACGUGCGUCCAAUGCCACUAGUAGGCUUGUCUUUGCUCACUUCAUGAUCGGCAUCGUCGGCAAUCGCCAGAGCGCUGCCGACUACGAUGCAGACAUGCAGCGUGCCAAGUCCAUUGGAAUCGAUGCCUUUGCCCUGAACAUCGGUGUCGACCCGUACACGGACACCCAGCUGGGGUAUGCGUACGAGUCUGCGGCGAACAACGGCAUGAAGGUCUUCAUCUCGUUCGACUUCAACUGGUGGAGCACCGGCCAGGCCAGCGCCAUCGGAGCCAAGGUCGCGCAGUACGCCAACAGGACGGCCCAGCUCAGGGUAGACGACCGGGUCUUUGUCUCCUCCUUCGCCGGCGACGGGCUCGACGUCAGCGCGAUGGAAAAGGCGGCCAACACAUCGCUGUUCUUCGUGCCCAACUUCCACCCGGCCAACAACGACUUUGGCGACAUCGACGGCGCCCUCAACUGGAUGGCCUGGGACAACAACGGCAACAACAAGGCCCCGACGCCAGGGCACAACGUGACCGUUGCUGAGGGGGACCAGCAGUACAUUGCUGCUCUGAACGGGAAGCCCUACCUUGCACCUGCCUCGGCCUGGUUCUCCACCCACUACGGCGCCGAAGUCUCGUACAGCAAGAACUGGGUGUUCCCGUCUGACCUCCUCUGGUUCAACCGGUGGCAGGACAUCCUGACUCUGGGCCCGCAGUUCGUCGAGAUCGUGACCUGGAACGACUACGGCGAGUCGCACUAUGUUGGGCCGUUGUCGUCGCCGCACACUGACGACGGAGCGUCGAAAUGGGCCAUGGAUAUGCCUCACAACGGCUGGCUCGACAUGGCGCAGCCCUUCAUCGCAGCGUACAAGGCGGGCGCAACGUCAGUCAACAGCUACAUUACGGCCGACAAGCUGAUCUACUGGUACCGCCCGACGCCCAAGUCGCUAGACUGCGACUCGACAGACAACACCAUGACCAUGGCCAACAACGCGAGCGGCAACUUCUUCGAGGGCCGGCCCAACGGGUGGCAGACGCUGGCGGACGAGGUCUUCGUCGUCGCGCUGCUCACCUCGCCCGCCACCGUCAAGGCCACCUCGGGCAACCAGACCCAGACGUGGAACGCGCCCGCCGGCGCCAGCGCCUUCAGCCUGCCCAUGGGCGUCGGCAAGCAGUCCUUCUCCGUGACGAGGAACGGGCAGACGGUGCUGAGCGGCACCAGUCUCAAGGACAUCGUCGACACGUGCAUCUGCGGCAUCUACAACUUCAACGCCUACGUUGGCGAGCUGCCUGCGCCGACGACCAUCGAUGCGCUCCAGCCUGCUGGCCUGGUGUCGCUGUCGGCCGGUCUGAAGGUGCCUUGUCCAACUAACACUUUGGGCUCGUCGAAUGCAGCCAAGGUUCCUGCGACGGCGGUGCCUAGGGUUACGGCUGCAUGA